AUGAAAGCCAAAAGAGAAGCUGAAAAAGCAUUCCUCAAUCGCCGAGAGAAACUUCAUCUUGCAUGGGAUGAAGAGCAGAAACGAGUAGAGUCAGCUAAAAUGGCAAUGGAAAAUAUUCGGCGGAGGAGACUGGCUGCAGAAUGUUUACACAGAAAACAAGAACAGGAAUACUGGGAGAAUGAAAAGAAGAAGGUGACCGAAAUGGAGACAAUGGAGAAAGAAUUGGCAGCAGAAUGUUGCGCAGAGCAUCGAGCAAGACUCAUUUCUGAAAUCCAGAAGAAAAAGGAGAAAAACUUGAAAGUUCUCGACAAAGAAGAAGAGGAAAUGCGGAGAAGAAUCGAAGAAAAACAAAAGGAAGAUUUAAAGAAUGCUUCCAUCAGGAAGAUGAAGACGAUUCACCAAAAUGCUAGAAGACUGAAAAAAGCAAAUACAGAACGGUUCGAAAAAUGCAAAAUUCAAAAAGAAUCCCUGAAUAUGCAAUCCAGGGAGGGCUUUGAGAAUCUUUUGGCUUCGCUGGAACGUCAACACGCCCAGGUGAAAAGUAAUCAUGACAGACUGAUGAAACAAAGGGAAAUGGACCAAAAAGUCAAAAGAAAAGAGUUGGAAUUGCGGAUAGAACAAAACAGAAAGCUACAAAAACAACUUGAAGAAGAAAUCUGGAACCGGCAAAAACUGUACAACGAGGAAAAAGAAAAGGAAAGGAAACAUCUGAUAGCAGCUGCAGCAAAAUUUGCUGACUUAAAAGCCAAGAAAGUUCGGGAGGAAAGAUUGUCCAGACAGAAAUGCCAAAUUGUCAACAUGAGGAAGGUCAAUUUAUGUCUGGAGUUAUGGAAAAAGAAAACAGAGGAAAAUCUCCAAGGAAAAUUCAAGAAAUGUGAAGAAAUGCAAGCAGCUAAAGAUUACCAGCUAAUGGAAAUUAUUUAUGACCUAAUUGUAACAAUACCUCAUCUAUUUACAUCUCUUUCUCUCUCUCUCUCUCUGUCUAUUUCCAUCUGUUCAUAUCUAUCUAUCUCUCAAUUUGUUUGUAUCUAUCUCAGUUUUUCCAUAUCUAUCUAUCUAUCUAUCUAUCUAUCUAUCUAUCUAUCUAUCUAUCUAUCUAUCUAUCUGUCUCAAUCAGUUUGUAUCUAUCUGUCUCAGUUUAUUCGUAUCUAUCUAUCACAGUCUGAUCAUAUUUAUCCAUCUAUGACUGUUCAUAUCUAUCCAUCUAUCUAUCCAACUAUCUAUCUAUCUGUCUAUGACUGUUCAUAUCUAUCUAUAUCUGUUCAUAUCUAUCUAUCUAUCUAUCUAUCUAUCUAUCUAUCUAUCUAUCUAUCUAUGUCGGUUCAUAUCUAUCUAUUUAUCUAUGUCUGUUCAUAUCUAUGUACCUAUUUAACUAUCUGUCUCAGUCUGUUCAUAUCUAUCUAUCUAUCUAUCUAUCUAUCUAUCUAUCUAUCUAUCUAUCUAUCUAUCACAGUCUGA